AACGAAAUCACUUUUAUCUGGGGCCUGCAAAGGACAAAGCUUUAUCUGUUUAUAAAUUCAGGACGAAUUUAGCUUUCAGACUCCAUUUUUUUGUCACAAAAAGAUGUUUCAUUACCCAAACUAAGUAACAUCAUCUGUGCUGUUGACCCAGGUGAACCUCCUGGUGGCCCACGGGGUGUCAAACUGGUGGUCCACAGGCUGGAUGCACCAAGUACAGGCCACGCCUACCCCUGGCUCAGUGAAGGCAAAGAAGUUGCGUUUGACACCCCUGCUCUAAAAGAAUGCAAAUGACCAGCUGUCUGCAAGGAAUAUAAAUGCUUCCAUUCCCCACCAUCCAGUCAGAGCUGAAGAAUCUUCUUGGAUGAGAAGUGAAAUGUCUUCAAAGAAAAAACAAGAACAUCUAGUUGCCUCCUGAAAAAGCACCUUUGGGUUAUAACCAGAUACAUCUUCAUUCUGUGCCUCACUUCUUUUCCUUUACAGGUCAAAUAUACUCUAUCAUAACUGACAUGAACAACACUGUGAGAGAAGAUCUUUUCAAUGCAUUGAAUGACCUCCUUGAGAAGCAAUUUCAAGAUUUUAAAUGGUGGCUAAAGGAUAUUGACCACAAUGGAAAGUCAAACAUUCCUACAGCUCAUUUGGAAAAGGCUAAUCAGCGAGAUGUUGUAGAUCUCCUGAUUCAGCAUUAUGGAGAAGAUGCUCUACAGGUGUGCAUUCAUGUCCUUCAAAAAAGCAAUAUAAAUGAUGUUGCUAGAAAACUUGAGGAAACUUUACAGAAAGGAACUGAAGAAACCCAGCUGCAGCAGCUCCUUUUACAGGGGAGUUGUCCGCGGCUUCAGCCAGUGACAGAUGUUUGUUUUCCCGCUUCCGUGGUUCAACCAAUCACAGAUGCUGGUGCUCACCAACUGCCAGCUUCAUCAAAUUACAGAAACUACAUUAAAAAAAAAUUUGCAACAAUCAAAGAUCCUAAUGCUAUUCCUGGUGAAUACGUGCCCCUAAACCAGAGAUACUCAAACCUAAUCGUCCUAGAUUAUCAUCCAUCUGAAGAGGAAAGGGAAAAUCAAAUUCUGGCAAUGGGAAGGAAACAUUUUGAAAUCAUCAGCAAAAGAGCUGAGUCUUCAAUCAGCAUUGAAACAUUAUUUAACCCUGAUAAAUAUGGAUUAAUUCCACAAGUUGUUGUGUUGCAAGGAGCUGCAGGAAUUGGAAAAACCAUAAUGACCAAAAAAAUCAUGUUUGAUUGGGCUUCUCAACUACUUUACCAGGACAAAUUUGAUUAUGCUUUCUAUAUUAGCAAUAGAGAAAUAAAUCUUCAUGCAGAGUCCCAGAAGACUAGUAUUGUAGAAAUAAUUUCAAGCGAAUGGCUCAAAUGUCAUGAAGUGAAUAAUGUCAUUCGAAACAUACUGAAGAAUGAAGAGAAACUUCUGUUCAUAAUUGAUGGGAUUGAUGAAUUAAGGUAUUCCUUUGAUCAGUCUGAAAACUACUUUUGCACUGAUCCCUGGAAGAAAGAGCCAGUGAGAAUUAUUUUGAGCAGUUUGUUUAAAAAAAAGCUGCUUCCUAAAUCCUCUCUUAUAAUCACAACAAGACUAAUGGCUUUGGAGAAACUCCAUCGAUGUUUAGAACAACCACGCAAUUUUGAGAUAUUGGGGUUUUCCACACAAGAGAGAGAAGAAUAUUUCUACAAAUUUUUUGAAAAUGAAGACCAAGCAAUGCAAGCUUUCAGAUUUGUGAAACAAAAUGACAUGCUUUUCACCAUGUGUGUCAUUCCCCUUGUGAGCUGGAUCAUCUGCACAGUGAUGAAACAAGAGAUGGAGAGAGGCAAGGAUCUUCAGAAAGCACCAUGUACCCUCACUGCAAUCUACGUACUGUACUUCUCCAGUUUGUUAAAAUUUCACCAUAAAGAAUCCAAACGAGAUGUCCAAACAAAUGUGAAAGGCUUAUGCGCUUUGGCUGCAGAAGGUGUUUUGAAACAGCAAAUAAUGUUUAUGAAAGAAGAAGUCAGGAAACACAAUUUAGAUCAAGGAGACUCCCUCCCCCUCUUUCUGAAUCAGAAUCUCUUCAAAAGGGACAUUGAUUGUAUUCAAACCUAUAGCUUCAUUCACUUAAGCUUCCAGGAGUUUUUUGCUGCUUUGUUUUAUAUCCUAGACGAAAGAGAGGAGCAACAUUCUCAGACUCAGAAUAAAAAUUUCCAGACAUUGUUAGAAAGUCAUCAACCUUUUAGGCGUGAUUUUGCAGUUGGAUUUCGCUUUCUUUUUGGUUUUUUAAAUGAAGAAAAAAGAAUGAGGCAGCUGAAAAAAGAAUUUGAAUGGGAAAUUUGUCCUAAAAAUAAAGUGUUCUUAUUAAACUGGGUGAAAUAUAAAAUUGACAAAACAAUUACAUUCCAUUGGCAAAAAGAUAUGUUAACUUAUUUAUAUGAGACACAAGAUGACAAUUUUGUAAGCGAUGCCUUAUGCAGUGUCACUGAUAUAAAUCUUCAGUGCAACUCUGAUAUGGGUUUGAUGAUCCUGGCCUAUUGUGUACAACACUGCCGGAAUUUGGGGUAUCUCACUAUUGAACUCCCUAUAUUUUCAUGUCAGGAAGAGGGAGAAUUAUUUCUUCCCAAAACUGAGUAA